CAACAUAACAUAGUGAGUUGAUUGAAAACGAAUCAGGAAGUUGGGAGGUUCAUGUUUCAAGAUAAGUAGUUCAAAAACUGGGAAGGUUGUUUCCUCGUAAGCUCUCUCUAUGUAUCUCCCAUAGUGCUAAACUUCGUUUCCACGAUGGCGCCUUACGAUCCACUGAAUUUUAGCUUUUGGAGCAAUCACACAAGGGAGAGUGCUGUUACUAUAGACAGCUUAAUGCCGAAUGGCCUAUGUAUCCAGAGAAUGGUUCAAGCUGAUACGGCAAUUCGCGAUUUCAAGUCUGAUCUGUGGAAUGAAGCAAGCAAGCUGCCUUUAUUUCACUUGCUGAAAGAAUCUAAACAUUAUGUACUAUCUUGUGUGAACAAUAAAGGAGGGUUGGAAGAACUUGUUGAUGAAAACAGAACGAUUUUUGAUGUUCAGCCUUUUAAACCCUAUUUUAAAGUUGUCAAGAAGCAAGGAGAUGAAACUGAAAAAUUGGUCAAUUCGAAGAUAAAUAUGCUCAUCGGAAAAAGCUUAACUGAGUUCGAUGGCAUGAUGAAAAAUGACGAAAUACGCGAUUUCAGAAAAAAGUACCGAUCUGUUUGCGAACAAGUUUAUAACCUUAGACGAAGAGCCAAUUGGGAGGAAAGGGCAAUGUAUGCUUACCCUCCUCAAUUUGCCAACACACUGGACUUCCCAGAUUAUUUGAAAUCUAAAAUGACUUCCAACUUGAUAGUAAAUGUUUCCAUUGCAGAAGGAAUAACUCAUACCUUUACCUUGCCGUUUGACUGUUCAGUUGAACAACUACUGUUGGAGGCAUUGGAAAAGAAAAAGGUCGUUCUUCAGUUACGAGAAAGGGAAGAUCCGUCAGAUUUUAUGCUUAAGAUAGCUGGCAAAACAAGCUUUGUCUUUGGAAGAUGUAUUGAUGAUGAAGAGCCAGUUUUACUUCAUUUUGAAUAUAUUCAAGCAUGUAUCACAGAUGAUGAAAGACCCCAUCUUUCAUUGGUGAAAAAGUCUGAUCUUGUAGUUGAAGAGAGAAUCAGAACAAAAACUGUUGCAGGACCUCCCCCUCCUCUUCCUGAAAGACCAAGGCAAAGUACAAUUUCUCUUUGGGAUAUUGGACAAGAAUCCAUGCUCAAGAUUAAAGUUGUCUGUGCAACAAACAUCAAUGCAUUUGGGAUGCAAGUGGCAGUUAGGUGUGGAAUCUAUCAUGGUGCUGAGGCUUUGUGCGAUAUUAUGACCACUUCAAAACAAAGUGGACGAAAAUUGAAUUGGAAUGAGUUUAUGGAAUUUAAUUUACCUGUGUGUGAUAUUCCACGUAUGGCAAGGAUGUGUUUUUGUAUUUAUGGUGAAAAAGAAACAAAAAGGAACCAAACAUCAGUUCCAUUAUCUUGGGCAAAUGUUACUAUGUUUGAUUACAAUGGAAAUUUACGAUCUGGCCAGCAAACACUCCAUGCUUGGGUCUGCCAUGGCAACGAUUGCAUAACAAUGCCACUAAAUCCACUUGGCACAGUCGUUUCAAGUAGCCUCCAAGACAAUGGCCCCCGUUUGCUUAUUGAAUUCACCAAGUUUGCAGAGCCAGUUAGCUACCCUACUGAAGAAAGGGUUAUGGAGCUAGCUGCUCACGUUGUUCAGUUUUCACCAGGAGCGAAUCCAUUAGCGACGAGAGGCAGUAAGCAGCAUCGUGCCAAUAUCGAAGAAAUAAUUCAACGAGACUUACUUCUUCCUAUGUUUGAGCAGGAUAAAGAUUUGCUAUGGUUCUUAAGAGCGGAGUGUUGUGAAGAAUACCCAACUUCUUUACCGAAACUUCUUCAGAGUAUGAAUUGGAACAAACGAGAAGACGUUGCGCAGAUGUACUUCUUGCUUCACUCCUGGCGGAAAGAUAGGCUGAGCCCUGAGGUUGGAUUAGAGCUGCUUGAUUACAUGUACCCUGACGAAAAAGUGCGAAAAUUUGCCGUUGAGUUACUGGAUUGUUUGAGAGACAACGAAUUGGAAUUGUACUUGCUACAGCUUGUUCAAGUUUUGAAAUAUGAAUCAUACCUGGACUGCUCACUUGCACGUUUUUUGCUGAAAAGGGCUCUAAAUAAUCGCCGUAUUGGGCAUUUUUUGUUCUGGUAUUUGAGAUCUGAGAUGCAUAACCCGGAGGUAGCUGUCCGAUUCGGGCUAAUGAUGGAGGCCUACUUUAGAGGUAGCGUUGGCCAUCUUGAAAGUCUGACUAAGCAGUAUGAAGCCUUGAAUAAACUGAAAACAAUUACAGAGAUGUUGAAGCAAUCGUCACUCAAAAAUCAAGAACAGCUUGAAUUAAUGAGGGAAUGUCUGAGAAAAUAUAAUGACAAGGGAACAUUUACAGGCUUGGAUUGCCCCUUGGAUCCAAGUAUACGACUCAAAGGAAUUAAAGCAAAGUCAUGCAAGUACAUGAAUUCAGCUAAGCGUCCGCUUUGGCUUGUCUUUGAAAAUGAUGACGAACUUGGCAAUGAUGUUCUCAUAAUUUUCAAGAAUGGAGAUGAUUUGAGGCAAGACCUACUAACCUUGCAGACUUUAAGAAUUAUGGACCGUGUGUGGAAAUCGGAAGGACUUGAUCUCAGAAUAAAGCCAUAUAACUGCUUGCCUACGGGUGACAUGAUUGGGUUAAUCGAAGUAGUUCAAAAUGCAGAAACAAUCGCGAGAAUUCAGGCAAAAUCAGGUUUGGGUGGAGUGAUCAAGGACAAAAUUUUGUAUGAGUGGUUACGUGGCAUUGGUACUAGCCCUGAAAGAUGCAAUCAAAUGGUUGAGAAAUUCCGCUUGUCUUGUGCUGGCUAUUGUGUUGCUACGUACGUCCUUGGCAUUGGGGACAGGCACAAUGACAACCUAAUGAUACAUUCAAAUGGGGAGAUGUUCCACAUCGACUUUGGUCAUAUUCUUGGAAAUUAUAAGCGAAAGUUCGGAAUUCGUCGUGAAAGAGUUCCAUUUGUGUUGACUGAGGAUUUCCUGCACAUCAUAUACAACCGUCAAAAGAGUACUCAAGUUGUCGAUAGGUUUCGUCAACUUUGCCUAGAUGCCUUCAUGAAGCUGAGACGCCAGGGCAACUUGUUCAUGACUUUGUUCUCAAUGAUGAUGUAUACAGGGCUACCAGAGCUUCAAAAACCUGAGGAUCUGGAAUAUCUUCGCAACAGUCUCGCUCUUGGGAAAACAGACGAGGAAGGCGAACAGCAUUUUGUUAAUUGCUUCAACAAGGCUCAUGAAGGAAGCUGGAUGACGUCUGUGAAUUGGUUGGUACACAACUUUAAACAUUACUGGAUCGGUUAAGUAUACCAUUGAAGCGGUGGAUAAAAAAUUGGUAGUUGCUUAGCAUUUCUGCCAAAGGAAGGAUCUUAUUUUGAACUUGUAAUGGUGCGUUGAUCACCAUAUAGUCCAUGUUUGAAUUUGACUGUUUGUUGUUGGCAGUACAGAUAAUUGUGUGUAUCUGAAAGAUAUCACCUCUCAUGUCAUUUAUACAUCGAAACUUGCAGCAAAUUUAAUUAAGAGCUAGAAAUCUAAAACUUCAUUAAGCGCUGUCCUUAUCACCUGAUGAUACUCUAUUUAAUUUAAACAAAUUCUUAUAACAAUUGUUAGAAAUAAUAUCUUCAGUUGACAUCGAAAUUUUAGGCCUAUUAUAAGUCGUUCUUGAUAGGCCAUUGAAUGCCUUAUUAUGUCACAAUAUAUCUCUCCAGUAAGUUAGGUUUUCCCUAGUAAAAAGUGAGUAAAAAAUAAGUAGUACCCACAUCGAUAGUUAUCAGAUAAUUGGGUAUAUAUAAAUUUUGAAAUCGUACCUCGAAACCAAACUUGACCGAAAACUACCGGUUCUUCACAAUAGAGUGUAUCAAUUUUCUCAAUGUGUCAAAAAGUAAUCUUUUUCUUUGUGGGUAUUUAUUUGUGGGUUCAUAGUUACUCCAGUUUUGCUUAAGCUCUUCCUAACAAAUAAACCAACUAUCCUUAAUUAAAAGGUUAAAUGCUGCAAGCUCGAUGGCCUGACCAUAAGAAAUGACUUUCGAGGUCAGCUUUAUCAACAUAAUUGAAAGUUUAUCGUGAGAUAAGUAUUAAGAUUGAAUAAUUAGAUCGUCAUUGAGAUUUCAUAUUAGAGGCAAGCAAAGUUUAAGAUAAUUACAUUAUAUUAGUUCUUAGAUAUUUGUAUGUGUUAUAAAAAAACCAUGGUCAUACAAAAAUCAGCACUACUAACCUUAAGGAAUGUGGUAUUAUGAUGACAUCAGCAAAAUAUAAAUGUGUGAGAAUCUUGUGAGGAACGGCUUAGUACUUUCUGUUCAAAAUUCUGAGUUAAUUCUGCUCGUUUUAGAUUUGAAUUAAGCUACAAUGCCUGCCAGAAUUAUAUGGAACACCCGGCAAUUUCGUUGUAUUUUUUUAUAUCUUUCCUUAAAUACUACAACUUCCACCCCCUUCCCCCCUAAAACAAUGCUGGUACUCUAGAAAAAUAUCAUAUAAGUUUUAAGUAUCAUAAAUAUCGUACCUGCCAAAAAACGUAUCUCCUUUUUUGUAGUAAAUAAGCAUUGAUAAACCCAUUGGUAUUUUAUAGUAAAUUAUACAACGAGGAGCCGGGGGAUGACUCAAUUCGUCUUUGAAAAUUUACGUCAAUGUUCAAAGACUUUCGACAGGCAUUGUAGAUUUUUAUUUUUGCAUGCAAGGUAUUAAAUUCGUAUCACUUACGUUGUUUCUUGUUAUCAAAAGGACUAGUGCUAUCUUUAUGAUUGAUCAUUAGAUCUAUUUAACCUCCGUCAAAUUUUUUCUUUAUCUCGUUUAUUAUUCAUGGCAGAUAAAUCCGCUUUGAGAAAUGCUUGCCGCAUUGCUAGAUCGAGAGAACCUUUCCAAUCACUGGUGCAAUUGUCAGUAAAAUGACUAAUUGCGUCCACUGAAAAUUACAAUUUAACCAAUCCAGAUAAUUUUGAACAGAAUUUAAAUGCUAUCAAAGUCAUAUUCUCCUUGAGAAAUGGUUGCCGCAUUGACAAAAAAUAAUCACACGUGGUUCCAUCACGGAAAUAAUAUAACAAUAAUCAUUUUCUAUACAUCAUAACAAACAUUACUUAAAAACCGGCAACUAUUUCUAAUAGCAUGUAAACAUGAACCAUUUUACAGUACACAAACGGCAUCUGAAGUUAACUUCAGUGGAUGAAAAUUCACUCGACGCUGACGUCAUACUAAGUGAUUAUUUAGGUGAUUAGGCCCUUAAGAAAAUAAGAACAGUAUUUGGAUUUUAUGCUGCCAGGGAAUUAUCGAUUCGUUAUAGCCUAAAACUUAGUUAAUAGAAGCAUAGGAAAAGUUCUGCAAUAGGCUAGAAAGCACUGACUUUGUAUUUACAUCUUGUGGAAUGCAUUGGUUCAGGUAAAUACAUAAUGUUUAAAUUGUUGAUAAUCUGUAUCAAAAAACAUUUACUUUUGACUUGAAAAUUUUGCCACCGUCCCAUUUUUCAACGUACGGUCUAGGUGUUAACAUUCCUUGUUUGUCUUAUUACAUACUUAUAAAUAUGAUUCCCAAUCAAGAAAGAUGGUAAAAGCUUUUU